AUGGAUCUUCGGCGGGAGCUCAAAGCGCAUCAUCUAGUUACGCGAACAACAGCGGUGGCUCCAAGGGAACCUCGGCGGGAGCUCAAAGCGCAUCAUCUAGUUACGCCAACAACAGCGGUGGCUCCAAGGGAACCUCGGCGGGAGCUCAAAGCGCAUCAUCUAGUUACGCCAACAACAGCGGUGGCUCCAAGGGAACCUCGGCGGGAGCUCAAAGCGCAUCAUCUAGUUACGCCAACAACAGCGGUGGCUCCAAGGGAACCUCGGCGGGAGCUCAAAGCGCAUCAUCUAGUUACACCAACAACAGCGGUGGCUCCAAGGGAACCUCGGCGGGAGCUCAAAGCGCAUCAUCUAGUUACGCCAACAACAGCAGUGGCUCCAAGGGAACCUCGGCGGGAGCUCAAAGCGCAUCAUCUACUUACGCCAACAACAGCGGUGGCUCCAAGGGAACCUCGGCGGGAGCUCAAAGCGCAUCAUCUAGUUACGCGAACAACAGCGGUGGCUCCAAGGGAACCUUGGCGGGAGCUCAAAGCGCAUCAUCUAGUUAUGCCAACAACAGCGGUGACUCCGAUGGGUCUUCGGCGGGAGCUCAAAGCGCAUCAUCUAGUUAUGCCAACAACAGCAGUGGCUCCAAGGGAACCUCGGCGGGAGCUCAAAGCGCAUCAUCUAGUUAUGCCAACAACAGCGGUGACUCCGAUGGGUCUUCGGCGGGAGCUCAAAGCGCAUCAUCUAGUUACGCUAACAACAGCGGUGGCUCCAAGGGAACCUCGGCGGGAGCUCAAAGCGCAUCGUCUAGUUACGCGAACAACAACGGUGGCUCCAAGGGAACUUCGGCGGGAGCUCAAAGCGCAUCAUCUAGUUACGCCAACAACAGCGGUGGCUCCAAGGGAACCUCGGCGGGAGCUCAAAGCGCAUCAUCUAGUUACCCCCAACAACAGCGGUGGCUCCGAUGGGUCUUCGGCGGGAGCUCAAAGCGCAUCAUCUAGUUACGCGAACAACAGCGGUGGCUCCGAUGGGUCUUCGGCGGGAGCUCAAAGUGCAGCAUCUACUUACGCCAACAACAGCGGUGGCUCCAAGGGAACCUCGGCGGGAGCUCAAAGCGCAUCAUCUAGUUACGCCAACAACAGCGGUGGCUCCGAUGGGUCUUCGGCGGGAGCUCAAAGCGCAUCAUCUAGUUACGCCAACAACAACGGUGGCUCCGAUGGGUCUUCAGCGGGAGCUCAAAGCGCAUCAUCUAGUUACGCCAACAACAGCGGUGGCUCCGAUGGGUCUUCGGCGGGAGCUCAAAGCGCAUCAUCUAGUUACGCCAACAACAGCGGUGGCUCCGAUGGGUCUUCGGCGGGAGCUCAAAGCGCAUCAUCUAGUUACGCCAACAACAGUGGUGGCUCCAAGGGGUCCACGGCGGGAGCUCAAAGUGCAUCAUCUAGUUAUGCCAACAACAGCGGUGGCUCCUAUGGGUCUUCGGCGGGAGCUCAAAGCGCAUCAUCUAGUUACGCCAACAACAACGGUGGCUCCGAUGGGUCUCGGCGGGAGCUCAAAGCGCAUCAUCUAGUUACGCCAACAACAGCGGUGGCUCCGAUGGGUCCUCGGCGGGAGCUCAAAGCGCAUCAUCUAGUUACGCCAACAACAGCGGUGGCUCCAAGGGAACCUCGGCGGGAGCUCAAAGCGCAUCAUCUAGUUACGCCAACAACAGCGGUGGCUCCAAGGGAACCUCGGCGGGAGCUCAAAGCGCAUCAUCUAGUUACGCCAACAACAGCGGUGGCUCCAAGGGAACCUCGGCGGGAGCUCAAAGCGCAUCAUCUAGUUACGCCAACAACAGCGGGUGGCUCCAAGGGAACCUCGGCGGGAGCUCAAAGCGCAUCAUCUAGUUACGCCAACAACAGCGGUGGCUCCAAGGGAACCUCGGCGGGAGCUCAAAGCGCAUCAUCUAGUUACGCCAACAACAGCGGUGGCUCCAAGGGUACCUCGGCGGGAGCUCAAAGCGCAUCAUCUAGUUACGCCGACAACAGUGGUGGCUCCAAGGGGUCCACGGCGGGAGCUCAAAGUGCAUCAUCUAGUUAUGCCAACAACAGCGGUGGCUCCGAUGGGUCUUCGGCGGGAGCUCAAAGCGCAUCAUCUAGUUACGCCAACAACAACGGUGGCUCCGAUGGGUCUUCGGCGGGAGCUGAAAGCGCAUCAUCUAGUUACGCCAACAACAGCGGUGGCUCCGAUGGGUCUUCGGCGGGAGCUCAAAGCGCAUCAUCUAGUUACGCCAACAACAGCGGUGGCUCCAAGGGAACCUCGGCGGGAGCUCAAAGCGCAUCAUCUAGUUACGCCAACAACAGCGGUGGCUCCAAGGGAACCUCGGCGGGAGCUCAAAGCGCAUCAUCUAGUUACGCCAACAACAGCGGUGGCUCCAAGGGAACCUCGGCGGGAGCUCAAAGCGCAUCAUCUAGUUACGCCGACAACAGUGGUGGCUCCAAGGGAACCUCGGCGGGAGCUCAAAGCGCAUCAUCUAGUUACGCCAACAACAGCGGUGGCUCCAAGGGAACCUCGGCGGGAGCUCAAAGCGCAUCAUCUAGUUACGCCAACAACAGCGGUGGCUCCAAGGGAACCUCGGCGGGAGCUCAAAGCGCAUCAUCUAGCUACGCCAACAACAGCGGUGGCUCCAAGGGAACCUCGGCGGGAGCUCAAAGCGCAUCAUCUAGUUACGCCAACAACAGCGGUGGCUCCAAGGGAACCUCGGCGGGAGCUCAAAGCGCAUCAUCUAGUUACGCCAACAACAGCGGUGGCUCCAAGGGAACCUCGGCGGGAGCUCAAAGCGCAUCAUCUAGUUACGCCAACAACAGCGCGGUGGCUCCAAGGGAACCUCGGCGGGAGCUCAAAGCGCAUCAUCUAGUUACGCCAACAACAGCGGUGGCUCCAAGGGAACCUCGGCGGGAGCUCAAAGCGCAUCAUCUAGUUACGCCAACAACAGCGGUGGCUCCAAGGGAACCUCGGCGGGAGCUCAAAGCGCAUCAUCUAGUUACGCCGAACAACAGCGGUGGCUCCAAGGGAACCUCGGCGGGAGCUCAAAGCGCAUCAUCUAGUUACGCCAACAACAGCGGUGGCUCCAAGGGAACCUCGGCGGGAGCUCAAAGCGCAUCAUCUAGUUACGCCAACAACAGCGGUGGCUCCAAGGGAACCUCGGCGGGAGCUCAAAGCGCAUCAUCUAGCUACGCCAACAACAGCGGUGGCUCCAAGGGAACCUCGGCGGGAGCUCAAAGCGCAUCAUCUAGUUACGCCAACAACAGCGGUGGCUCCAAGGGAACCUCGGCGGGAGCUCAAAGCGCAUCAUCUAGUUACGCCAACAACAACAGCGGUGGCUCCAAGGGAACCUCGGCGGGAGCUCAAAGCGCAUCAUCUAGUUACGCCAACAACAGCGGUGGCUCCAAGGGAACCUCGGCGGGAGCUCAAAGCGCAUCAUCUAGUUACGCCGACAACAGUGGUGGCUCCAAGGGGUCCACGGCGGGAGCUCAAAGUGCAUCAUCUAGUUAUGCCAACAACAGCGGUGGCUCCGAUGGUUCUUCGGCGGGAGCUCAAAGCGCAUCAUCUAGUUACGCCAACAACAAUGGUGGCUCCGAUGGGUCUUCGGCGGGAGCUCAAAGCGCAUCAUCUAGUUACGCCAACAACAGCGGUGGCUCCGAUGGGUCUUCGGCGGGAGCUCAAAGCGCAUCAUCUAGUUACGCCAACAACAGCGGUGGCUCCAAGGGAACCUCGGCGGGAGCUCAAAGCGCAUCAUCUAGUUACGCCAACAACAGCGGUGGCUCCAAGGGAACCUCAGCGGGAGCUCAAAGCGCAUCAUCUAGUUACGCCAACAACAGCGGUGGCUCCAAGGGAACCUCGGCGGGAGCUCAAAGCGCAUCAUCUAGUUACGCCGACAACAGCGCGGUGGCUCCGAUGGGUCUUCGGCGGGAGCUCAAAGCGCAUCAUCUAGUUAACGCCAACAACAACGGUGGCUCCAAGGGAACCUCGGCGGGAGCUCAAAGCGCAUCAUCUAGUUACGCCAACAACAACGGUGGCUCCAAGGGAACCUCGGCGGGAGCUCAAAGCGCAUCAUCUAGUUACGCCAACAACAGCGGUGGCUCCAAGGGAACCUCGGCGGGAGCUCAAAGCGCAUCAUCUAGUUACGCCAACAACAGCGGUGGCUCCAAGGGAACCUCGGCGGGAGCUCAAAGCGCAUCAUCUAGUUACGCCAACAACAGCGGUGGCUCCAAGGGAACCUCGGCGGGAGCUCAAAGCGCAUCAUCUAGUUACGCCAACAACAGCGGUGGCUCCAAGGGUACCUCGGCGGGAGCUCAAAGCGCAUCAUCUAGUUACGCCGACAACAGUGGUGGCUCCAAGGGGUCCACGGCGGGAGCUCAAAGUGCAUCAUCUAGUUAUGCCAACAACAGCGGUGGCUCCGAUGGGUCUUCGGCGGGAGCUCAAAGCGCAUCAUCUAGUUACGCCAACAACAAACGGUGGCUCCGAUGGGUCUUCGGCGGGAGC